UUCAAACGGUCUUUUACAGAUUUUAGCAUCCAAAAGAUACAGUAAACAGACUUGACAGUAGUCUUGUAAAACCCUCAAGAAAUCUCAGUGAUCAAAGCCAAUCGGUACUUCUCGUGACACGGAUCACUAAUUCCGUCAAAUCUAAUUCUUACUCAAUGCCGCCUAAGGAAGAGAAACUUCCAAUCGAUGUCGUCGAACUCAAUAGCAGCGACGACGAGGAUACCGGCGUUCCCGUAGUCGGAAUGAAAAAACCAGACAUGCCUCACGGUGGUAACUCACUGAAUAAAUCACCGGUAAUAGAAAAGUCCAACGCCGUUGUUCCACCGGAAUCUAAUUACAGGCCACUGGAUUCUCGAAGUUUCUGGAAAGCUGGCAAUUUUGAAGUUGGUCGUAUCAAAUCAACUGCUAUACAUGGUGAAUUGGAACAUGCGCGUGUUCAUCCCAAGUUUCUGCAUUCUAAUGCUACUUCUCAUAAAUGGGCGUUUGGAGCAAUAGCCGAGCUUUUGGAUAAUGCUGUUGAUGAGAUAAGUAGUGGUGCAACUUUCGUGAAAGUUGACAGAAUCUCUAACCCAAGGGACAACUCUCCUGCAUUGCUAUUCCAGGACGAUGGGGGUGGUAUGGAUCCAGAACGCCUUCGCAAAUGCAUGAGCCUGGGUUAUUCUUCAAAAACAUCAAACUCAACAAUUGGACAAUAUGGUAAUGGAUUCAAGACGAGUACCAUGCGGUUAGGUGCUGAUGUAAUUGUCUUCAGCCGAUCAACUCGUUCAGGCCGAGCAACUCAAAGUGUUGGCCUUCUGUCCUAUACAUUUCUUCGGAGAACAGGGCAAGAUGAUGUGAUUGUUCCGAUGAUCGAUUUUGAUAUCUCUGACCAUUGGGCUGAACCAAUAGUAUAUGGCUCUCACGAUGAUUGGUCAACUAACUUGAAAACAAUCCUUGAGUGGUCCCCUUUUGCAACAAAGAUGGAUCUUCUGCAACAGUUUGAUGAUACAAAAUCACAUGGAACUAGGAUUAUUGUCUACAACCUAUGGCUAAACGAUGAAGGCAUUUAUGAACUGAACUUUGAUGACGAUGAUGAGGAUAUAACGUUGAGAGAUGAAGCUAAUCAUGGAAAUACCUCAAAAACAAACAAGAAAGGGCGUGAACUGCAAUCCCAUAUUUCCUACCGCUUACGAUACUCUCUUAGAGCAUACGCAUCCAUAUUAUACCUCAAAAAAUUUACAAAUUUCAGUAUCAUACUAAGAGGGAAGCCCGUUGAGCAGUAUGAUAUUCUUGAUGAAUUGAAGCUCAAAAAAGUAAUCACGUACAGGCCACAGCUUGUUGGAACAUCAAAGGAGAUCUUGGUUGAAACAAGUCUUGGGUUUGUCAAGGAUACUCCAUCAUCAGUUUGUGGAUUCAAUGUUUACCACAAAAAUCGCCUCAUCAGGCCAUUCUGGAAAGUUACUGCAGAUGGUUCUUCCAAAGGAAAUGGUGUUGUUGGUGUUCUGGAAACAAAUUUCAUAGAACCUGCACACGACAAGCAAGAUUUUGAACGAUCUUCUCUGUUUUUCAAGCUGGAGAAUAAACUAAAGCAAAUGGUGAUGGAUUACUGGAAAGGUCAUUGUCACCUGAUAGGAUUGAAGCCUCUUGAACCGCAUUUGCAAAACCUUCAGAGAGAAUCUUUUGUUCCACCUCAAGUUCAAGUGGCUAAUGCUCAAACACAGUCGCCGACAGACUUUCAAACAGUUACAAGUCUUGCAGCUCAUCACAGGCCACAUUUCCGUUCUGCACAGAGUGGCAACAGUGGAAGAACGAACCGCAACAGGGAAUUGCCAGCUGUACAGCUUAUGACAGGGAAUGCAAAUGGGCCUGUUCAAAAAGAUACACAAAUAGCCAGUUCAAGUUGCAUGUCAAUUGAUCAGAUUUGUGAAGAAAAUAUCCAACUCUUUAGGAGGUGCGAAUCAUUCAUCCAGAGAGAAAUCGAGUUGAAACGUACAAUAGAGGAGCUUGAGAAAGAAUUAGAGGACACUAAAAAGAAAUCUUCCGAGCUUUCUUCGCGCAUGGAAAGUCAGAAAAAGCUUAAACUUUUGAAACAACUUGGACAGAAAGCAUAGCAAAGGGUCGUAUCCUUUCGUGAAUUGUAUGCAUUCAGCUGGACCAUCACAAAUUGAUAGCCCUAGGCCUCUCAAUGCCUCUUCCAGGAAAUCCUCAAUUUCAUAUCUUGUUUUUCUUCCCCCACCUCCCAUCCCCUCCUUUUUUGAAUUUUAUACAUGGUGUUUUACUUAUCCCCCAUUCCCUUGUGAAUUUUAUACAGCAAAUUCCAUGGGCUCAUCAGUCUCCUGAAUUAUUGUACCAUUUAGUUUCAUGUAUGAUGUUUUCUGUUUAUGCUGCCCCACCCCCACCAAGUAACUAUCACCAAA